AAGGCGACGAAAAGAAACUAGAUAGCAGUAAAACUUGAUUCUAUAUUGAUGAUGUUGAUUUUAUUCAUUAUUCAUGUUAGAAAUUCUUUUGGGUAAAUCCUAUUUUCGUACUUCAGAGAUGCCCAUUAUUCGUAGCAUUGUCUCAUGGGCCAUGCAAAGCGCUAAGCGCUUGUCCUUUGCCCGAACCAUAACCACUUUCAAGCCGAAGUGCACCGUAGUCAUGGUUUCCACGCCUCCUUGCCUGGUGUUGGGCUCAUACUGUGAAAGCAAUGCUCAAGAGGGAGUUUACUCCAAAAACCGUGAAAUUGAUGAUCUGAUCAAAUCUGGGCAGUUAAAUUCCGCUCUCAACUUGUUUGAUGAAAUGCUGGUUCGUGAUGUUGUUACUUAUAAUCUACUGAUUUCAGGGUAUGGCCGAUAUGGCCUGCCAAAACAGGCUUUUUACUUGUAUGAUGAAAUGGUUUCGCAAGGAAUAAGAGAGAGUCCGUCUACAUGUUCCUCUGUCUUGGCUGUUUGUAGGGAUGGGGAAUUCUAUAAAGAAGGAAGCCAAGUUCACUGCAGGGUGCUGACACUCGGGUUUAGCUUCAAUUUUUUUGUUUCAAGUUCGCUUGUUGAUCUUUAUAUGCAUAUGGGCCUCGAUAAUAUAGCUUUGAAGCUCUUUAAUGAGUUGCCAGAGCGAAAUCUGGCAGUAUGGAAUUUGGUAUUACGUGGGUAUUGUGAUUUGGAUCGAUCAGAUGAGUUAUUGGGAUUGUACUCUAAAAUGGAAUUGGAUGGUGUGGAGCCAAAUGGUCUUACUUUUUGUUACCUAUUUCGUGGAUGCAGUAAUGAGAAGCUUUUAGAUGAAGGGAAGCAGCUGCAUUGUCAAGUGGUUAAGGUCGGAUGGGUAAGAUCAAAUAUAUUUGUUGCUAAUGCAUUGGUGGAUUUUUAUUCUGGGUGUGGGAGUUUAAUUGAUGCAAAGAAAUCAUUUGAGAGUAUUCCAGUGGAGGGUGUGAUUUCAUGGAAUUCAAUUGUUGCAGUCCAUGCAGAUAAUGGUUUAUUGGCUGAAGCUCUCAAAUUAUUUUCUAUAAUGCAGCUUCUAGGCAAGAGACCAUCAAUUCGAUCAUUUGCAAGGUUCUUGAAUCUGUCUAGUGAGAUGACGAAUAUUCAGCUUGGGAAGCAGAUUCACUCUUACGUUCUAAAAUUGGGAUAUGAUCAUGGAAGCAUACAUAUCCAAUCUGCUUUGAUAGAUAUGUAUGGGAAAUGUUGGGACAUUGAGAGUUCUGUAACCGUAUAUAAUUGUGGUCCGGAGAGAACACUGGAGUGUUGCAACUCAUUAAUGACCUCAUUGUUGCACUGUGGCAUCACUGAAGAUGUGGUUGAGAUGUUUGGUUUGAUGGUUGACAAGGGAGUUGGACUUGAUGAAGUCACUUUCUCGACGACAUUGAAGGCAUUGUCAGUAUCUGCGUCAACAAGCUUUGCUAGCUGCAGAUUGCUACACUGUUGUGCAAUAAAAUCAGGUUUUGAAUCUGAUACAGCAGUUGCAUGUUCCCUAAUAGAUGCAUAUUCCAGAUGUGGUCACGUUGAGUUUUCUCAUAUUGUUUUCAACAAAAUUCCUUCCCCAAAUGUCAUUUGUUUCACCUCCCUCAUCAAUGGAUACGCCCGGAAUGGAAUGGGAAGAGAAGGUCUUGAGAUGCUUCAAGCACUGGUCGAAAAGGGUCUAAAACCAGAUAGAGUGGCAUUCUUGUGUGCAUUAACAGGGUGCAGCUAUUCCGGGUUGGUCAAAGAAGGAAGGUUGCUGUUUGAUUCAAUGAAAACACUACAUGGGAUAGACCCAGAUAGGCAGCAUUAUUCAUGUAUGGUUGAUCUGUUAGGCCGUGCCGGUUUGCUUGAUGAAGCAGAAGAGUUGCUGCAAAUGGCACCUGGAAAAGGUGAUGGUGUGAUGUGGAGUUCGUUGCUGCGAAGUUGUAAGGUCCAUGGGAACGAGAUAGUGGGAAGGAGAGUAGCCAAAACCUUGUUGGAGAUUGAACCAGAGGAUCCUGCAGUUUGUUUGCAAGUUUCAAACUUCUAUUCUGAAAUAGGGGAGUUUCAUACCUCUGCGCAACUUAGAAAGAGUGCAAUGUCAAGGACGGUGACAAGGAAGAUUGGUCACAGUUUAAUUGAGGUAAACUGUCGCUGUUACCAUUAACGUUCCAUAAGGAUGGAACCAGCCAAGUGAACAAAACUUGGAAUAAAGUGCAGAGCCUCAAAAUAGAGCAUGGUCAAUGUUUGCUUG